AUGUGCAAGAUUGGGAUGAUGAUUUGGGUGUCGUGGGUGGCUACGCUUUGCCUGUGGAUGAUCGUUGUGCCUGUGAGGGCGGCGAAUGUCGUGUACUACCAAGUGCAGGGGGAUGACAUCACAGCCAGGUACACCGACACCCAAGCAAACACCCUAGUUGGGUCCAGUGCAUGGCAUAAGAUUGUCGGCAUGGCCGUGCACGAAGCCAGGUCCAAGCUGUACUGGUCGGAUGGCAACUUCAUUUGGCAGAGCAACGUGGACGGCACCAACAAGCUGGUUUUUCUCGGAGCUGUGGCCCAAGUGAGUUGGAGUGGGCACCAUUUCGGCCCACCGGGCUCGCCACUGACGCUCACUGUGCUCUCCCAGCGAUGUGUGACCAUCUUGUCCAGGACGCCCACAGAGGUCACGUGUGUGCUGCGUGUGGCGUCGCUGUUGGACCCCUCCGCCUUGCAGCCCAUCGCUACCACCAGCGUCUCAAUCGCAUCUGAAUUUGGCACGGCGACUGGAAUUACACCCGGCGCCGACGAUUUGCUCGGGUUAGCCGGGUACAAGAGUCCGAUUGUCAAGGGGGUGACCAUCCAAGUGACCUUCCCGUCACCGCAUGCGCUAGCCGUCGAUAACAUCGUCGCCUCAUCCCCGUGGUUGUUCAUGUCCGAUCCAAAACAUGGACGUGUCUACCAGUUGCACGUGGAUGACGCCAGCGUUCGCGUGGUCGUCGCGCAAGAAUGGAGCGUGCAGGGACUGUCUAUCUACGGAUCCAAGUUACGAUAUACUGUCCAAUCGAAAGGAGCGAUCUACGCCUUGGAUGUGUCUAAUGCGACCAGCAGCAGCGCCAUCCCAACGCCACUCGUGACCAAGUUGAAGUCUCCACGUGGCAUCGUAUUGGACCAUGUGAACUGGAGGUUGUAUGUGGCUGAAAAGGGCGGCAAAAUCUACCGCGUCCACGCCGACGGCCUGCCGUUUCCAAGCAUGGGGCAGCGCAAGAUGGUGACGAUGGAGCGAGUUCUGGGGCUUAGUACCUUGACCCGGUUGAAUGGGCUCAGCCUCGACGUACCCAACGGGGUGUUAUAUUGGACGGAAUGCAGUAGUACGAAUGUGGUAGCGCGAGCAGACUUGAGUACGAUGGAGCGGCAAGUGGUUGCUGGUGGUAGCCCCGAUAAUUUGAAUUGGCCACGAUAUGUGCAUUAUGCUAGCCAAAGCGAUGCCCUAUUCUACGCCGAAUAUGGAGGUCGAAUCUCCAGUGGACCUAUCGGUGGACCGUUCGAUGCUGUCGUGGAUGACGUUCCUGGGGCAACUGUGAACUCGAACUCGAUGGAUCAUCGCCCAAUGCAUAUGUUUGCGUUAGAUUGAUGAUAGAUAUCCCAAGCAGUAUACACCUACUAUUUCCAAAUUUGGACAUAAUUUUAUAUUAUUCGUACAUAUUCCGUAACGCGAGCAACAGGUGCGCGAAUGGCCGAGUGUUCUGGUCGAUCGUUAGCCUGUACAUGGCUUUAAAUCGAGUGAUUGUGGCUUGCAUGGCGGGCUUGGUGGACGCCGACCCGAGUCGGAUGAGCUGAAGGAGGUACUCUUGCAGCCGCAGCACCAACGUCGGCGCCAUCGAUUCCAAGUCGGCCUGUUCAUGACGUGGCAGUGUGGCUACGCGUUUGAACGCAUCAAAUGUAUUGAGAACCACGAGCAGCGCGUGCUCGACGUCUUCCAUCUACAUCGUCGCAUAUAUAUAUAUAUAAAUAUAUA